AUGUCCACGCCGCCGCCGAUCGCCCGCCAGGCGUCCAAGUCCGACGCGGACGUGGAGCUGCUGCCCGUGGAGGUGGGCCAGCCCGUGUGGGUGCCCGCCACCGCCGCCGAGCGCGUGUGGGACAAGGCCACCGUCAUGGCCAUCGGCGGCCUCAAGGUGACGGUGCGCACCCAGGCCGGCAAGAUCCAGCAGGUGGACCGCGGCCUUGCAGUGCCGCUGAACCCGCGCGAGGCCGACGACAUGACGUCGCUCUACUACAUCCACGAGGCCGGCGUGCUGCACAACCUGGAGGAGCGCUGCAAGCUGGACGGCGGCGACGGCACGGGCCAGAAGCCCUACACCUUCAUGGCCAACGUGCUGAUCGCCGUGAACCCGCUGCGCGAGCUGCCCAACCCGAGCGUCAGCGAGGUCGUCAACACGGCCGGCAGCGCGCCGCACCCGUACUCGAUCGCCGAGAUGGCCUACCAGCAGAUGGUCUACAACUCGGGCACGGACCAGCCCACGAACCAGUCGGUCGUCAUCAGUGGCGAGAGUGGCGCCGGCAAGACCGAGUCGUCCAAGAUCGUGCUGCGCCACCUGACGACGCGCGGCCUGUACGGCAAGAAGGCGCGCGGAGAUGACAUCGAGAACAUGUCCAAGACCCGCCAGCAGCACGGCACGUCGCUCGACCACCGUCUGAUCGAGCAGAACCCGAUCCUUGAGGCCUUCGGUAACGCCAAGACGCUGCGCAACUACAACUCGUCGCGUUUCGGCAAGUUCAUGAAACUACAGUUCACGGCCGACGGCGAGUUCAAGCUGGCCGGAGCGCUCGUGGAAACGUACCUGCUCGAGAAGUCUCGCCUCGUCUACCAGGUGGACGGCGAGCGCAACUUUCACAUUUUCUACCAGCUGCUGGCCGGUGCCUCGCCCCAGGCGCGUAAGGAGUUCGAGCUCACGCAGGCCGAGGACUUCUGCUACCUGAACCAGAGUGGCUGCUACAUUGCCGAGGAGACGGAUGACCGCGCGUGCUUCGAGGCCGUGGUGCGCGGUCUCAGCUGCGUCGGCAUCGAUGAGCAGGUCCAGCACGUGAUCUUCUCGGUGGUCGCGGGUCUGCUGCACCUUGGUAACAUUGAGUUUGACGAAGAAGAUACGCCUGAGGGUGAGGCCGCCGUCAUCGAGAAGGACUCGGCCAAGCGCGCUAUCGUCGCGGCAUCUAGGUUGCUCGGUGUGAACGAGCAGGACCUGCGGAAGGUGAUUAUGACGCGCGACAUUGUGACGCGUGAGGAGACGUACACCGUUCGCCGCAACGAGCAGGCCGCCGUGUACGCGCGUGAUGCCAUUGCCAAGGCGCUGUACAGCCGCAUGUUCGACUGGGUUAUCAAGCAGGUGAACUCGUCCUUGGGCCACGACCCCAACCCGCUGCCGUACAUUGGAGUGCUCGAUAUCUUUGGUUUCGAGUCGUUCCAGCGCAAUGACUUCGAGCAGCUGCUUAUCAACUACACGAACGAAGUGCUGCAGGCUACGUUCAACAACCAGGUGUUCAUUGCUGAAAUGGAGCUGUACAAGCGCGAAGGUAUCACGGUUGGCCGGAUUAAGUGGCCCGAUAACCGCGAGUGUGUCGACCUUAUUGCGUCCAAGCCCAACGGCAUUCUGUCUCUGCUCGAUGCCGAGGCUAUGAACCCGCAACCUAGCGAUGCCAAGUUCCUGCGCACGCUGCACUCGAAGCACUCGAAGCACCCGUACUUCCCGCGCCCCCACCCGAAGGACAUGGAGCACAUGUUCAUCGUGAGGCACUUUGCUGGCGCUGUGAGCUACACGAUCGGCUCGUUCAUCGACAAGAACAACGACUCCAUUCCUCCGGAUAUGUCGAACCUCUUCUCAGGAUCGUCGAACAAGUUGGUUCCCGCGUUCUUCAAGCAGGAGGUGGACACCAGCCGUCCGGGCAAGAGGAAGCUGACCAAGAGUGUGGCGGCCAAGUUCUCGAACCAGAUGCAGGAGCUCGUGGACACCCUUGAUGCGACGCGAUGCAACUUCAUUCGCUGUAUUAAGCCCAACGCACUGAUGCGUGUAGGCAUGUUCGACCCCCGCUACGUUGUUGGCCAGCUUCGUUGCCAGGGUAUCAUGCAGACGGCCCAGGUGCUCAAGGUUGGCCUGCCCACUCGUGUGAGCUACAGCGAACUGGUGGGCGCCUACAAGAAGUUCAUGCCGGCUGAUGCUCAGCGGCUGUUUGCGAACCAGAGUGAUCCAACGCUCAUCACGGCCAUUCUGUGGGCGUUCCAGGUGCCAAUGGAUGCGUACAAGUUGGGUAUUACGAAGCUCUUCUUUAAGGCCGGUAAGAUCGCUGUGCUGGAUUCGAUCUUGAAGAUCAACUGGGCGACAGAAGGCCCGCACAUUGUGUCCCGCAUGAAGUUGUGGCUCGCCCGUCGCCGUUGGCGUGUGGGCCUGGCGAAGGUCAUCGCGCAGAACCGCUUUGCGAAGCUGCUGCGCCGUAUCCAGUUCCGCCGCAACUCAUUGGUGCGUAUUCAGCGCUGGUGGCGUGCUUACUCGGUGCGUCGUGAGUUCCAGAAGAAGCGCACCGCUGCUGUGGUGGUGCAAGCUCUGUUCCGUGGUAUGACGGCUCGUCGGCUGUUCAAGUCCAAGAAGCAGGAGAUGCUUGCUCUUGCAGCUGCGCGCGCUGCUGAAGCAAAGCGCCAAGCUGAAGAGGCUAAGCGCCGUGAAGAGGAAGCUCGCAUGGCGGCUGAAAUCGCUCGUCGCGAAAGCAUUGCUCGCGCUGCGGCCGAAGAAGACCGUCUGCGCAUGGAAGCCGAAGCCCGUGCUGCGGAGGAGGAGGCUAUUCGAUUAGCGAAGGAGGCUGCGGCUGCUGUCGCUGAAGCCGAGGCCGCUGCUGCGGAGGCUACUGCUGCCGUGGAGCACGAGCGCCAGGCGGAACUGCGUGCUAUUGCGGAGGCGAAGGAGCUCGAGGAGCGUAUGGAGCGCGAGCGCGAAGAGGCAGAGCGUCGCAAGGAGCAGGCACUUCUGGAGGCUGCCAGCGUCAGCGCAAGUCUGCUAAGCGGACUGGCCCAGGUGAACAGUGUCCAGACCCCUGCUGGCCAGGUGCACGUGGUGGAGAUUCCGGACGACGUCUCGCAGGAGAACCGCGAGCAGCUCCAACAGCUGAACGACCUGCUCUUGAGUGGUGCCAUCGCCCAGGCCGAGUACGACGAACUGGUGCCGUUCCUGCUGGAGAAGCCCGAGGAAGCCCCGUCAGGCGCUGCUCUCACCGCCGAGCAGGAGGAGUCGCUGAGCCGUUUGUACACUACGGGUGUGUACGGCAUUCAGAUUCGUUGCCCGGCUUGCGGUGCUACCAACAACACGGCUAACGGCAACCACUGUGACGAGUGUGGCUCGCUGCUUACCACGAGUGACGAGUCGUCUGCUGCCGCUGCUGACCCCGCGUACUACGGCUACCGUGGCCAGUCCCGCCAGCAGAGAAGCCUCUCGACACUGACAGCGCCUCUGGGUACGUUCUCUACGGAGAACGGUCGCAUCGUGAUCCACGAUGGAUACUUCGAGGCGCAGAUGCACCGCACGCAGGUUCUGCAGGACGACAACUACACGGAAUACACGGUCUACGUGCUGCGCUGUCAGUGGCAGCCGAAGGAUUCGCACGAGUCUACCACUUGGCUUGUGUCUCACCGCUUCAGUGUGUUCGAGAAGCUUCACAAGGACCUGAAGCGUAAGAUUCCGACGGCAGUGGCCACGAUUCCUCUCUUCCCGCGCAAGCACGUCCUUGGUGGCGUGUUUAAGGGCAAAACUGGCAACUCGAGCGCCAUUGUGGAGGAGCGCAAGCAGGGUCUGGAGCGAUACGUAGCGCAGGUGCUGGAGCUGUGCGCGCGUCUCCCCGAGAAUUUGAACGUGCCUGAGCUGGACCGCUUCUUGAACGUGUCCCGCCAGGUUGAGCAGUUCCGUCGCCAGGUCUUGUCGAACGGAAGUGACGAGUCGGGUGCCGCCCCGGCCGGAUUCGGCCGCGCGUUGAACGUAAACGCUGGAGGUGCCGAAGGAAUGGCCGCGCGUGAGCAGGCGCGCUUGCCUACGGAGCUGCCUACGCCGCUGGAUGAGGAGGAGUUGUCCCACACGGAGCAGGCGGUGGCGCUGCUGAACGCGUCGAUUCGUUGCGCGCGUGGAGAUUUGCGCCGCGAUGCGAGUGUGCAGCACCACCUGAAGGUGUGCGUACAGCUCCUGCCGCGCCUGCAGAUCUCGGCGAACCUGGACAACCCGUUCGCAAACGUGGAUCUGAUCCCGCGCGCGAUGCAGUGCCAGGAAGACCUAGAGACAACCAUGGGCCUGUACAACGACUCGCUGCUUGCUGUCACAGAGACGUACGCUCUCUCAGCGCAGGAGGGCGGUGGCGUGCAGGCCCCUCCUCCUUUCGUCCCGGGACAGCAGAACUCCUAUCAGCCCAGCUACGGUGUGUAGGCGUCUUCGGUGAAGACGAACCAGUUACGAAAUAUGGACAGCGAAGGGAAAUGGCCGCACAAGUUGUGUAUCGCUUGCCCGUGCUUGCAACUGAAGCAAGCACUACGGGUUGUAGGCCGAAGAGCGCGAGUGGAAGGGAACAGGCAGCAAGAAGCCGUUGGGAGCUUGCUUGGAAACGAAGUUGGCGGGCUGUGUAAGCCUAGGAGGGAGAGCGCUGGUGGUUGUUUGCAUAUAGCUGCAUGUUUCCAAUACAUUGAAGAUCUGAACAUUGC